UUACGACAUUUCUAGCAGGUUAGAGAUCUCUACAGCUGAGAGAUAUUUCUAACUAUCCUGUCUAGGGUCCCAGAGUCAACUUAGGUAACUUGAUCACGGAAAGGAGCGGAGCUGUUUCUGGUGUGUGAUCGCCACGCCAAUUUCAGGAGCUUCUCUGUCUCUUUUCUUCCGCUGGCAGAUGACAGAGUUGGUGACCAGUGGGAAUUUGACUACGGUGACUGAGUUCCUCUUCUCUGUGUUCCCACAUCUGCCUGAAGGUGGCGUCCUCUUCUUCAUUCUUCUGCUUCUCACCUACGGAUUUAUCGUAACUGGGAACCUAAUGAUAUUCAUCGUCGUCCAGCUGGACAGGGCCCUGCACACCCCCAUGUAUUUCUUCAUCAGCGUCCUCUCUUUCCUAGAGAUCUGGUACACCACGACCACCAUCCCCAAGAUGCUCUCCAGCCUGAUCAGUGAGCACAAGACCAUCUCUGUGGCUGGCUGCCUCCUACAGAUGUAUUUCUUCCACUCCCUGGGCAUCACAGAAGGCUGCGUCCUGACGGCCAUGGCCAUUGACAGGUACGUCGCUAUCUGCAGGCCUCUCCGGUACGCGACCAUCAUGACCCCCAGGCUGUGCACCCAGCUGGCCGCUGGGUCCUGCGUCUGUGGCUUCCUCCUUGUGCUUCCCGAGAUCGUGUGGAUUGCCACCCUGCCUUUCUGUGGCUCCAACCAGAUCCGGCAGAUAUUCUGUGACUUUACACCCAUGCUGAGCUUGGCCUGCACGGACACGUCCCUGGCGGUCAUUGUGGACGCCAUCCAUGCAGGGGAGAUUGUGGCCUCCUUCCUGGCCAUCGCCCUAUCCUACAUCCGGAUCAUCGUGGUGAUUCUGGGGAUGCCCUCAGCCGAGGGCCGCCGCAAGGCCUUUUCUACCUGCGCUGCCCACCUGGCUGUGUUCUUGCUGUUUUUCGGCAGUGUCGCUGUCAUGUACCUGCGAUUCUCAGCCACCUACUCCGUAUUUUGGGACACAGCAAUUGCUAUCACCUUUGUCAUCCUUGCCCCCUUCCUGAACCCCAUUAUCUACAGCCUCAGAAACAAGGACAUGAAAGAUGCUCUUGGAAGGCUUUUCUGCCGUCGGAGGAGGGCUAGUGGGGUCGGGGAUAGAUCCAGGGGCUGGAUCCACCGUUUCUUGACUUGUUCGUGA